AUGAAAUUAAUAAUUUUAUUUUUAUUAUUUAUAUUAUUUAAUAAUAUCAAUUGUCUUGAAUUGGUAGAAAUUAUAUAUGAUAAUAAAAACUGUGAAGGAAAACCAGAAGCAAUUAAAUUUUAUAAUAAAGAUUUAAGAAAUGGAAAAGUUGAAAUAAUUGGAUGUAAUAAUAAAACUGGAAAUAAAAUAAUUACUCAAACAUUUGAUGAAAAUUUAGUUUAUACUAAUGAAUUAAAUGUUUGUAUUCCAGAAGGUGAAAUUUCAUUUUACUUUAUUUUACAUGAAAAUAAACAUCAAUUAUCAAUACCAAAAAGUAAUAACCAUGAAUAUUGUAAUGAAAUUCAAUUAUUAGAUAAUGAAAUUAUUAAUAGAGAAAAACAAUGUAAAGAUCAUGCUUUAAUUAUCACUUAUAAAAAUGAAACAUGUUCAAUAAACAAUGAUAAAAGUGGAAAUCCUUUCCAAAAAAUUCUAUGUGAUCCAAAUAAUGGUGAUGUUAAACUUUUUCUAUGUAAAGAAAACUGUCAAUCAGAUUGGUCCUCCUGUCAAUUUGACAAGAUUUUACAAACUCCGAAAUCAAUGUGCCCACAUUUUGAAGAAAAAUCAAUAAUAGAAUUAAUAAAAAAAAAAAAAAACUAG